CUUUUUCUCAAUAUUCAAAAUUGUACUUCUUGAGUUAGACAUCUAUAAUUUGUCAGUUCUUCCCUUGGCCUUUAUAUUCUUGUGGCUUAAAGAUCCCAAUGUCUAAUCCUUGUUUUUCAAUCAGUCGACCUUUUUUCCAAUUGAAUGUGAAUUGUUUUUCUUGUUCCUUUUCAUAGUAUCUGUUGGUAGGCCUCUAUUUAGAUAGAAUCGUCCAGCAGUGUGACUUUUGAGCUAUGGCCACUCCAUAGUAGGGCCCACUUGAUGGAUAGUUCAAAUCUAAUGCAUAUAUGUACUGUUUGUUUCAUGCAUACUCAGAGAGAAAUAUACCACAUUGACCAUUUUACUAUAUUUGACUUUCUUUCUAGAAACACAUUUCACCUCUUGAACAACUGAUGUUGUGUAUUUGGGGCCCACUUCAUUAUUCAAAUGGUCCAUUUCUUUUCUCAACUAGCCAUUUUACUAUGUUGAACUUCUUUCUAGAAACACAUUCACCCCUUGAACGACCGAUGUUGCGCCUUUGGGGCCCACUUCAUUAUUCAAAUGGUCCAUUUCUUUUCUCAACUAGCCAAUUCUUGCCAUUUUCUUAACCAGUUGAUGUGACGGUUCCAAACACCUUGAGGGUAAGGGUUUGAGUUGGUGCCAAUAUCAGAAAAAAACUAAACAAAUAUUAAACCUAGUAAAAAUUUUAUGAGACUCAUUUGAGUUUCCUAGUUGAUUCAUUGGUCAGCCGAGCCAAGUCCGAUGUACUGGUUCUCGAACAAUAUCUCAACCUUAAUUAAAAAUCCCCAAUAGAAAAAGAAAAAGGAAGAAAAAAACUCUUGAGCUAUAUUUCUCAUGCCUUGAGGUUAGGAUACUUGUCAUUUUGUGUAGCCGCGGAAUACCUUGUCUCAUAUGCCCUUAUAGACAAUAUUUCUUAUGGGAUUGUUUCAAGAGUCAAUGAGGCAGAUUGUAAGGAUGCUUUGUUCCUUCCUCGGUGAUGCUUAUUAAGAAUGUGAGUAACCCAAUUGCAAGAUGGCACAUUUGCCAAGGUUCAAUCAACAGUAUUUCUUUCUCGACAGAUGGAACAUAUUUGGCCACUGUUGGAAGAGAUGGUUACCUGAGAGUAUUUGACUACUCUAAAGAACAGUUAAUUUGUGGCGGAAAAAGCUAUUAUGGUGCUUUAUUGUGUUGUGCCUGGAGCUCUGAUGGAAAAUACAUUUUGACUGGUGGUGAAGAUGAUCUAGAACAAGUUUGGAGUAUGGAAGAUCGGAAGGUUGUAGCAUGGGGUGAGGGACACAACUCAUGGGUUAGUGGAGUUGCUUUUGACUCAUAUUGGUCAUCGCCAACUUCAGAUGUCACAGGAGAAAAUGUCAUGUACCAUUUCAGUUCUGUUGGUCAGGUAUAGAAAGCUUCUAACUUACAAAUUAUCCAUAGUAUCUAAUGUAUCAACAUCAAUAAAGUUUCUUAUUGAAUAAAAUGUGUAUGGUUUACUUUU